AUGAAUAGACAAGUGAUAUCCGAGUUCAACAGAGUUAGAAUCGUUACUUUGAUUGAGGAAGGCCACACACAAGUCGACGUUGCUGUCUGGGUUGGAGUUAAUCAGAGUGAUGUGUCUCGGAUUGUGAAAAAAUAUCGAGAGACGAAUUCUGUUAGUGAUCGUCCAAAAAGCGGAAGACCCAGAAUUGCUAACAAUGUCCAAGAACGCUUUUUAACGUUAACUACCCGGAGAAACCCCUCUAUGACUGCCCCAGCUAUUAGAAGAGAGCUCCAGCAAGCUCAUAUUAUUGUAAUUUGCGAUCAGACUAUUAGAAACAGGUUAUAUUUGGCGAAAUUUAUUUACAAGAAGACCAUUGUUUGUACCAAAGCUUACAUUAGAGCAGAAAAGGACUCGACUAGAAUGGGCCAAUGA